GCCGCUUACGAACUGCCCCUAGAUGCGCCCGUAGUUACACAUGUACGGAAGGCCGAACAAUAGAAUUUUCUAACAGCUAGUGUACAAACAUCCACAGUCCUAGUACGGAACAUACAGUCGCACCAUCGUUUUACCGUCUCUGCGUUUCGUUUUACGCUUAUUGUGAUUAGGUAACGGUCCACUGGAUGGCAGCAGCAGUGCGCUUAAAAUAUAAUGUGGUGAUAGUUUAAGUUCCACUUACAAGGAAUCAGUACAUACAGGAGAUGCCGCUGGGUUUCGUACGACUGAAAUGAUUCAGAUAGUUUCAUACGGUUCAAUACACAAGUGUUGCCAAUGAACCAUGCGCAUUCGUACCUCUUAUAGGAGAAGUGUGUGUCGUGACCCAUUCCCGCUAUCGCCCAGUUCAAGUCAAAUUUGCCGCAGGUGUUGCGUCGGAGCGUAACUAUCAUGCAAUAGUUAGCCAUAGCAAAACAGGAGCCAAAUCGAAAAUAAACUAUUGGCUAUACAGUAGAAGUUAUUACUAGCACACGUCACCUGCGUCGAAGUUUAGCAUAGCGCUUUCUAAUGUAAAGCAUGAUCGAGCUGACGUUUACGCUACGAUAAGCGUGUCGUACAAUAGUGUAUCCACUGUCACGCUUACGAUGGCCGGCACCACUGCAGCAGGAGGAUGAAUAGAACAAAUAGGACCAAGUCUAAACCAACCGACCAAUUGAUAAACGAGAAGUGAAUAGGAUCAGCGAACGACAACGGCGUGUCCGCUAUAUUUGAGUCCACUUGAUCAUCUAGAACAUAAUGACGACACGGGCUUUUGUGUGGUUACAUGUGAGAUGCUGGUGUUUCUGUUAUGUCGUACUGGUUGCCAUUAUCGCGCUGUGUAUCGCUCUAAUCAACGCCAUUGGAAUACAACCGGAGAUUUCCAUCGCCCGUAGUUCGGCCUAUGCUAACAUGCUGCAUACCGCACACGUGAUAGGACAAGUCCAAUACACAGAAUUAGCAUCGUCAAACAAAGAGUGACUUUUACCAUUGUUGGCAGUCGAAUAUCGUUUCCCAAGUAAGUGUAGUAAGCUUCUUCAGUUGAUUGUAGAGAGUGUGUAUAUCCAACUACUAUUAACAGGAUAUGUCAGCCACUCAAACGAUAACGCCGGUCGCUACCCAGAAGCGUGCCAUUAAAGGCCACAAUAUCUCGGAACAACGAACAUCGAAGUCUACGGAAAGAGUCAGAUCAUAGUCAACAUUAGUACGAUUAUCAAGGGCAGCAGCAGUAGCAUCAAAACAUGAGCGUUUGCUACAAUAUAAUUGACCACUUCAGAUCUGCAAGAAACAAUCGCUGAAGCGCUAACGGCUACAACAGCGAUCUGGGUUUGGAGAAAAGCGCCGGCAUAGAAUUUGUUUGUAAUGUCUAUCUGUCCUACGACUCGUUGCCACUUCUCUGAAGACCAGUCUAAUCGUUGUUAUUGUCGCUGGCGUUGUCGUCAUCAACAACCGAAGUGGCGACCAAAGCACGUUCAGAUACACUUGUGUCCAUUAUAGCUAACACUGUAUCUAUAUGGUGCAUGGAUCUUAACGACCUUCAGCACUCUUUGCACCAGCAUGGUGCGAUUCAUACGUGUAUAUGCUAGUAGGCCCACUUUUGUUGGCGCGCUCAUUACACGUGCCUGUAGUUUGAACCGUGCCCAAUUAGUAACCCAUCGUUCAGUACUGCGAUUAUCACGAGCAACUUCAGCAUCAUCAUUGUUGUCUCUUUUGGCUGUUGUUACCUUCGUCACCAGCGACAACACAGAGAAGCCGCCGUUACUGGGCCGGUUUUUUCAUCGGCUGAUAUCGGAAACAGGACUUUAAUUCGAGUUACAUAGGCCGCAGUUCUGAAAUAUCUCGUACAUUUGUCUGCUACGGACAGAUGGCAACGCCGAGACACUGCCAUCACCGUUGACACAGCUCUUUAGCUUUCGAUAUCAUCGGCCAUCACCAGCGUCAUGGUCGUCGUAGUGCAACUGCCAUACCGGUGCGUCCGGCGUCAAUAGUGGCAUUAAUAUUCCCGCAGCUGUACCAUUAUUACUAGUGGUACCGAGGCCCUACACGCGUUGAAGUUACCUGGCGCAGAUUGCGAUCACAUUUAGAUUUAGGCAAGUGAGUGCCACCUGCAGUACAGCUGCCACGCGCCUCACUGCUGUUACUGCUACUAUUUUCACAAGAAGACAUGUCAAAAAGGACAGAUAGAGAAAUACCGAUGAUUGGGAUUUGUAUCAUUGCCACGGAGCGUUCAGACAAAUACACACACGUACAUACCAGCUGCAUACGGAUGAUUUUAACUAUAUCGGUAGCCAUGGAAGUAUUGUCGACAAGAGUCGUUCCGCUGGCAAAAACCAAAAGAAGCAUAUAUAGUUGAGUAUCGUUGGUUACCACUACAAUAUACAAAAUUAUACCCAACACGUAUCACAGUAGUCACUUGAAUCGACCGCUAGCCCCGCCGCGACUACCUUUUCUGUGCGCAUCUGCAUAUGCCUAUCUUUAUAUUCCAUGUGCUCUGCGCACGAUCAGGCAAGGGGCCGUAGCUUGGAGAUGCAGACAAGGGGUGAAAUUGCUUUCUAAAACUGAACUAAUCGAAGACAUUUUCUGCAUGAUCUAGAAAAAUAGGAUGAAAUCAUCAGAAGCACCAUAGACGCAACGGUAAAUGGAGUAGGAAACGACAGGACUUCGACCGAGUAAAAUUGCGUGCUACAUAACAACUCUCUCAGAUCGAGCUCCUGUAGCAUCACGUCAAAAUACAAUGUCUUUACGAUUACCUUUAUAGAUAGCAGCAGCGCCGACCUUGCGUUAUGUUGCAACUCAAUACAGUCGCCCAAAAGCGUGAACAAAAUCGGUGGUUAAUUGUGUAAUCAAAUACCGGAAAGUUGCUAAGAACCACCUACUUCCAGUGGAAAGGACAUUGGAAGAAUGGACCAGGGUGUGAAAACUAGAACAAGAGAAAGCCUACGGAAAAGCAUUCCCGUCCUUGAACGAUGCCAAAAGCUUCGCUUUGUGCCUAUUUAUGUCCUGAAGCAAGUACAUUGUGUUUUUAGGUGUGUGAAUUUCCAGCGAUAAUAUUGUGACACUGGAAAAAAAACGUAACGAAGUGAAACUUAUGAACAACUUUGUGACAAACAUGGUUUCUGCUCUUCUGUAAGCACGUCAACAAAGACUUUUAUUAGGAGAGAACCUGUCACGCUCCCUGUAUGUUAUGCGUGUAACAUCGAAGUUUUAACUAGUUCCGUGACCCAUACUCUAAUUAAGGAAUCUAAACAAUCAUCGAAACAAGAAAACGUCUCUACUAUGGACACAGUCAACUGUACUCGUGACCGAAUCGUCUCGUCACGGCGACGGAGAGUGCGCAGUUCUGGAUUGCCAUUUAUCAAAUUUGGAACAACUUUCUUUUUUCUAAACCUAGCACUGUUUUCCGUCGAGCUAACAAUCGUGGAGGCGGUAUUGUCGAGCAACAUAACGGGUACGUGUCGUCUCGAAACGGGUGCCAGAUUACCCAUCGACGACUUCAUAAAAGUCACUGCUGCGAGAUGCUAUCGAUACAUGCAUGAGAAGUCCUUCGUACCCGACACGCGGUUAACCUUUUGCGGUGACCGACUCUGCGAUGGAGCUUGCCAAAACAGCACGCUUUGCUAUGAACACCGUGGCAUUGAGGCAGUUAAAAGCUCGAACGAGAGUGGCCUCGUGUAUAAUACGUUUGCGCAGUCCUUUAACGCCCUUAAAUGGGAAGGCUGCGCCCAGGAAGCGCAGAAAUGUUGCCUGGAGCAGCUCGCCACUAGCAUGGCUAAUAAUUUGGAAUGUAGUUCAAAAGCUCUCAAGUCCUGUCCGUGUCGUUCUAUCACAGCAUUUUGCCUCGCGUCGGGUGGCAAAGGCAGCUCUAAGGAUGGCCUGUUUUGCCCAGCAACGUGGGACGGCUGGUCCUGUUGGAAGGACACUGCAAAUGGGACAACAGUAUCUCAGUUUUGCCAUGACCAUGUCUAUCAACUCACAAAAAAAUCAUUCUGCGAAAAGAAAUCGCACAAAACGUGUGAAGCCGACGGUUUCUGGCAAAAACGGCAGGGUCGAGAAUACACAGUGUACAACUGUGGCACCGCUGAGCAUCGUCACUUAGAAGUAUAUCUCAGUAUUUAUCUUCAUUCGCUUUCGGCGGUUCUACUAUUACCAACGCUCGUCAUCUUUUCACUAUACAAGCAACUACGUGUAAUCCGGAUAUUGCUUCAUAAAAAUGUAUGCAUCUCUUUGCUACUACACGGAUUAGCCACAAUCACUAAGGACUAUAUCUUUACGAUGUCCCGUGUAUCCAAGACCAAUCCUAUACCAUUAGAUCCCGCUGCCACUCUCUGGCUGUGUCGUUCACUAACGUUAAUUAUCAAGUAUCUGCGUAUGUGUCAAUACGCCUGGAUGUUCUGCGAGGGCUUCUAUCUUCACAAGAUCCUCGUCACGGCUUUUAAAGAGCAAAAGUCGAUGCUGCCAUUCUAUGCAUUCGGAUGGGUUAUGCCAGCCUUCUUUCUCAUUAUCUACGGCUCAAUGGUCUAUAGAGGGAAGAACACGUCGGACUGCGAGGUGACCGGUGGCUGGCUUGAAUGGGCCCACAUGGCACCUAGUCUCCUCUGUCUUGUGUGCAACUUCUUUUUUCUGACCAACAUUAUGAGGGUGCUCGUCUCCAAACUGCGCAGUUCACACGGUCAAGAGCCUAUUCAGUUUCGGAAAGCUGCCCGCGCCGUUAUGAUUCUGUUUCCCCUGUUUGGGAUGCAUUUUCUGCUGGGUCUCUAUCGGGUGCCUGACUAUUGCGGAGGUCUAACCUUGUACGCGUAUUAUAGCAAAGCGUCAGACGGCCUCCAGGGUACCUUCGUAGCAUUCCUAUUUUGCUAUCUCAAUGGAGAGGUGCAUCACCUUCUGAAACGUUCAUAUGGCCGAUAUGUCCUUCGGCGCGGAAUCAACAGUGGCCGAGGAGUACGACUUACCGCCAGAAUGUCCUUCUCUACGCACGUAUCUUCCGUCGCCGAGACCAACGUCCGCUGUUGUGACGUGACAAAACCACUCACCCAACCGAAUCCGCAUAAAAUAAACGACACCAAUUGUUAAUCAACGAUCAUUGCUAACUUUAUGAUGCUAAUGUGAUGUUCCUUUUCUUUAUUUUCAUGACAAGCGUCAAAAACCCCCAUCACACAAAAAUAUCAGGCAUACAAGGAAGAAGCGUGAGGCGGUUGUGAUAAUAAUAAUAAUACUAGAAAGCACAAUAAUUAUAGUAAUAAUUAAUUAUAUAAUAUAAUAUUCAUGGAGACUGUCACUAUAGCUAUAGCCGAUAUAAUAAUUAAGUUUCAACUGCUCACAGCGGCGGAACUCUGACGCACUUCGCAAUCAUUUGGACUGACGUAACAAUCGCCAUUGAUUGAUAAAUGCGACCGAUGCAGUCUCACUUUAAAUAAAUAGCGCAUGGUGCCACUUUGUAAAUCACAGGGGCUGCCAUUAUUCGGUUAGCUUAUGUUGGUACUAUACACGGUAGCUAAUAACAUUGUCAUCUUCUAUCAUCUAAUUAACAAUGUCAUCUUAAAGUUCUUUCAUGUUCAAUAUAAAUGCACAGUGAUAGGUCCUGUUUAAUGUCACGAUGAAAAACAAAACAGUACUAACUUCUUAACAGGUCUUCAACGUGUACAGCUUCAAAAUUCAUAUCAAUACCAUGUGUAUUUUUAUAGAUAUGCUGUAAACUAGCGAGUUUCCGUAAACGCAAAAAACUUUAUUGUCAUUUAGUGACUUGAUGGGUAACGUUGAAGCCCGAUUCCUAUAGAUAUCCGCGCCAGAGGCCUGAAAAAGGCCACAGUGUAGUACCAAACAGUGCUCGAAAUUCCAAUAGUUGCUGCUCUUUGCAAAUUGCAGACGUAAUGAACAGCAUGAUACUCAUAGAAGAAAUUUAGAAAAUAGCUAAUAAACGUUGCAUCUAAGGAGAAGACUCUCGGCGACGACUUCAACGAUCCUACCCACAUUUACGUGAUGGGUAACCUUCAAGAGUGCUUCAUUGCAUCGCUAGACAAAAUUAUGUUGGUCUAUUUGAUUAACCUAUAACGAUGAUGGAGUGCCCAGGUACGCCUGAAUGUACAGCGUGCGUCCAUUUGGUCUUGCUCCACACUUUUUUAUUCAACACAAGUUAGCGUCAUGCGUUGACAAUCGAAUGCAGCGUAAGCCUGGCUCGCUUGGUGUUUAUUGAUGCGCGGAAGGAUAGAAAAACAAAAAAAAAACGCUUCCAAUGCCCUUUUGGGCAAUACCGCCGCAUACACUUACGUCUUAUCUAAGUGUACUCUAUAGACUUGUUUCAUGUUGUAAACAUAUGUAUCUCUUCAUGUAUUUAAAUGCCGUCAGUGUUGACACAUGAAUUAAGCCGGUUGAUCCAGCAUCAUACGUUUCAUAUGCAAAAUUGUGUGUUUUUUAAGAUCACUUUAGAGCGUCGUCGUUGAUCAGCUCAUAUAUCGACCUUGCUAUCCAGUCAGUACACGCCACUACCUCAAUAACACCUGGGUAAAGGGACCCACUUCGCAAAAAAGCACACACACAUAGGUGUAUUCUGCUUGUCGUGUGUAGUAGUAUAUCGCUGCGUAUGUCCAUAUAUCGUCUUUACCUAUAAAAGAACUUAAUAUUAAUUUUUCUGCUGAAAAUGGCCGCUUUACACAUGGACCAUCUUACUAUUAUGCGGAUUUAGAAGAUUUCUUUCAGUCAGUGUCGGUUUCUGUAGUAUGGGAUUAGAAUGAGAUACUUGUUUCCAGUUCCAGAACGACACGAUAGUGGCAUAACUAAGAGGGAAAACACCUGUCGUACGUAUUAGGCUGUUUAAAAAAAUUGUCGUCUACCUGAGGUCAAAUGGUAUGCACCGGUGGUGGGCGUCACCUCUUUGUCCGACGCACAAGAUUAUGACCUGAGUUUUGACUUUAAAGGUGGGUAUCAGUUAUGGAAAAGACGUGAGCUAGCGACAAUGAUCUUCUUUCUGUGGGGUCUGAAAGCCUACGGAAGCAAGCCAGAAAAUCUAUUUCGCGUACACCGUCAAAGCUCUAUCGUUAAAAUAUACGGGCUCGUCAAAUACUUAUCUGCUCGCAAAGAAAUGGUUGGACACGAUACUUGUCGGACCUGAGAAUAUCAGUUAUGUGUAUUCUUCUAGUGGAAAAUACCGCCCCGAAAUAUAUAUAGCGAGCCAUUUCGGCCAGUUAUAGAGCUCUCAGAUUUGUCGCACCUGUACAUUGGUCGUUCGGCAACUUUUUGUUCUGGGUGCAAGACAACUAUCGAAAAUGCUAUUUUCCACUUGCAAACGUUUGGUCCAAACUCCACGCGACACUGUUAAAGCGACAGCAACGCUUUAUGACGACAAAGAAGAUUUCGUACAAAAUGUCAUAUUUACUCAUUAGGAAGUAAGACUAAAUAGAGCGAAGCAAUGAAGACAACCGCGAUUACUUUCCGAGCGAUAUGGUCCAUAGAUAUAAUAUUAUAUUAGUCGUCCAUCAUGGAUAACAUAUAUAUAUAUAUAUAUGUGUCUAUUUAUGACACUCAUCAGUGACGAUUGGCUUCUCACUUAGUUACCCUAGAAGCGAUAAAAAAUCUUCACCUUUUUCCACAGGUCUAAUAAAUGAUCGAUAUGUGGUCGUAUCGUCUAAUUAUAAUCACGAUCAUGAAUAUUCCCUUUACUAUAAACGAUAUGUGUAUAAUAUAAUAUUGUAUUCCGUAUGUAUAUGUCGUCAUAUCAUAAACUCAUGUAUUAGUAGCGCCACGGCUGAAGUAUGGAGGCAGUUAUACAAGGCUAUUCUGACAACACUCAAUAUUAACUCCGUUAAGACUCAUGUAAAACCUUAUUGUUAUUAUAAGAGCGCUUCUCAAAGGAUAGGUCAAUACACGCAUAUAAUCGAUACAUGGGAAAACGAGUAGCAACUGCAAAGGCAAAUAACAGUGACACAGUGAUAUACACAUUAGGAAAUAAUAAUAACAAAAACUAAAAAGUAACAUAACAAAUUCCUGCUAGUACACACGGUACCAGUAUUAGUCAUGCCUCGAGAGUUAACGACAGCGUGACGUCAAAAGCGGGGUGAACAGAAACCAAAAGACCGAGAUAGAACU